CUUGCUGGCUAGCUAGCGUUAAUGUAACUUAAGUUCUGUCGGAGUUUCAUUCGCACACAUUUGAUUGUUAACGAUAGCUUGGCGAGAGUGACAUUUAUACUUCAGUUUUCAUACGAGCCUUGAUUUGGUAGCUUAUCGAAUGUUUUUAUCCUGACACUCCAGUUUCGUUUCUUGGCUAGCCACUUUCGUUUUGCUAAACCAUUUGGAAGAAAAUAUUGCUGACGCUUUAGCCAGGUUAGACAGGCCAGUGACCACAUUCAAGUUGUUACUGACCUAUUCUUCCAUUUUAGCACAUUGCGCUCUGUUCCUGCCGAGAUGAAUUAUUAUAUCUACAUUAAGGAUUUGUAUGUUCUUCUAUCUCGCAAAUAUAGAUCGAGUCCUGUAGUUGAGUUAUAUUUGACUUUUUAUCAGCACACCUCGGUGACGCCAGUCAAUCAGCUACAUCACCUUUCACAUGCUCGUGCAUCAUCAACAAAGACGAAUGCCCCGUAUUUGCAGUGACUGGUGUUGUUGAGCCACCUUGUGGUGUUUGCACACAGUGUUUCCCCCCCUGCCUCCCUCUCUCUUUCUCCAUCUGCUCUGUCGCUCUUUUUUCUCUCACUCUUUCUCGGUUGUUAGGGUGUUUGACACCUGAGGUCUGCCACUAUGCAGCCUGGAGGAGCACACAAUGCUGUGUGUGGCCAGAGCCUGCUGUCCAACUCCCUUAGGGUGUAUCUGAACAACAAGAACAGACUGCAGCCCAUAAUCGGUCAGGAACAACUCUGUGUUUUUGUAAAUGAUACGACUGUGUUUUAGACCAAUGUGUGUACUUUAGACCUGUGUGUACUUCACGUGUGUGUGUUUUUAGGUCUGGGCUGUGUGACAGAGUGUGUGACACUCGGCAGGGACUCUGAGGCGGUGUACCUGUGAGGUGUGUGUGUGUCGUCUCAGUAAGGCUGAUGUCAGGAGCCACAUCAUGGGGAGUCUCCACCGAUACAACUACAUUAAAGUCCAUCACCCUCACUUUGUGUCAGAGUGGAAGCAGAGUCCUCCUGACCUGUCCAAGCUGGCCCGGCCUCUUAUGGAGAUGGCUCAAAUACUAGAGAAGAGAGAAGGAACCGGGGACGUACAGGUGCUGAAGUUGGAUGCUGCCAUGUAUGACGAUAUGACAACACACAGCGAAAGUGAUGCUCUCAUCCUCUUGCAUGCCAUCAGGACUGGGAGGGAGCAGAGAGAUCUUCAGAGCCAAUCAGUGAAGCAAUCAGUCCAGUCGGAGUAUCUUACCAUCCAGUCACAGAGAACCGUGAUAUCGCCUCGAAGGCUCUCCGUCCAACCAGAGGGGCCUGUUGUCCAGCUUGACAACCGAACCGUCCUAUGGAGGAGUCCGACCACCCAGAGUCGGAACUCAUCUAGCCAAUUGGAGAAGUCCCCUGUCUUGCAGCAGAGUGUCUCUAUCCAAUCACGGCUUAGUUCGUUGGAGGAGGAGGAGUUUCUCCAUGGAAGCAAGCCACUGGUUGGUGCUUCACUGAAGCGUCCUGCCUCAUCAUGGCAGCAUGACCCCUCUCUUUCCCCGACCCCAAAUGUCACAGCUGGAAGUCAGACAUCUCUGGGCGGGCCUGAGGGGAAGGGGGCGGGACUGCAGGGGGUUCCUGCAAAGUUGAUUCGCUGUGAGCCGGUGUUCAAGGUCAGUCUAUCUAUGACGGACGGCCCCUGGCUGUUGGAGAGGAACUCCUUCAGCCUGGAAACCUCCCCCUCCUCCCUCAGACACGCCUCACCCCUUCACUCCCCCACCGUAGAUGCCUCACUCCAACCCUCUCCCGCUCCCUCACGUUUGCUUGGCCAGCCGGGAAACUCAGUUGCCGCAAGACUCGGAAACACACAUGAAAAUAGACACACUCCGGGACAUGCACACACUUCGACUAUGAGACUGAGCCCAGCCAUACCUGAUCAGCAGCUGACUAUGGGAGAUGACACCGAGAAAGACCGUCUGUAUCUCGGAGGGGAACAGAGGUUCACCGACUAUGCUUUGUACGAUGGCAGAGAGAAAAACACAACUGACGAUCUCUACUCUGUCAAAGAGCAAAACAGUACUGACCUGGUUUACCUCAGGAGAGAGCAGGACCGAACUGACCAUCUGUAUUCAGCAAAUAACCGACUCACUGACACAAAGUUCCAUGUCCGAGUGGGGCAGAACAACCGACAAGGCAGUAUUUACCCCGGUCUAGCCUGUGCCAGAGACAUCACUGACACAGCGUCUGUUGCCGGGCCGAUUCUCUUCACUACCGGCCGUCUCUUGAAGGAGAGCUUGACAGACACUCCUCUAAUGGAAGAAGAACAGGAGGAGGAGAGGGGGAAUGAGUGUCAUUCUGGGGCACAGAGGCUUGCAGAGGAUGACAGGACAACUGACAGUCUGUACUCUACUGGAGAGAGGAUAACAGACCGUGGGUUUUCCACAGGAAGCAAGUCAACUGACAAAAUGUACCAAACAGGAGAACGAUCAACUGACAAUCAGUCUUUUACAACAGAAGUGACAACUGACCGUUGGUAUGCUACAGGAGAGGAGCUAACUGACCGUCAGUUGAUGGAGGAAGAGGAGCGAUGCAGAGCUGAAAUUCAGAAUGGAGUUGGGCUCAUCGUGGAGGUCAUGGUGGAGGAGGGGGAGAGAGAGGAAGGAAAGGAUGGAGAGAGGGAGGAGAACUCAGACUUUUACCACCAACAGUAUUUGCAAGGCCAGCCUCCACAACGGCACCAGGCGCAGGGGUUCACAGGAACUCAUAGGGGCGCCGUAGGGCUUCAUAUGGUUGACACAGCAGAUCUCAGACAUGACAUAGCCCUUCAUAGAGAUCAGGCAGAGCCAGCCCUUCACCGAGAAGAGAUGAGCAGUUGUAUGGGUGACAUAGCAGCCAUGCAGCAGGUGCAGUUAUGUGAGGCUGAGUACAGAGAAGCAUGGGCCUAUGGAGGCACACAGCUGACCCCUGACACCUCUAGAUCAGGUCUGCAGGAGUAUGAGACUGACCCUGGCUCCUACUUGCCAUUCCCAGAGGGCCACAGAAUAAACUGUGACCCCUACCAAGUGGUUUCUGAUUGGUUUAGAACCAACCCUGGCCCGCACUUCGUUCACUCUAACCCUGACGAGUUUACACCCCAGGUCCUACCGUACCCCCACAAUACAAUGCCCCAGGGGAUUGGACCCAAUCCCCACUCUGGUCCCUUCCCCAUGAAGAUGAGGGGUGUGCAGUCACAGGAGUACAGAAGCCACCCUCAGCCCUUCUUUCCAGGACAUGAAGGCUUUCUGUCCCCCCGGCACGGCCCAGCCUUACCUCCCAGCCCUCCCCACUACAGAGGAGCCUACUUGGGCCACAGCCCUGCCCGGAGUCCCUGGGCAGCUCCAGGACCAGGACCUCCCUGGGUCUAAUUACCACACACCAUACAUAAAUCCACCAGGAUAGUUAUUUGUGGCAAUUUAGACACUGUUGUUUUAGAUGGACAGGUGUUUUGUGUGUUUUAUACACUUUAGGUUCUAUUGUUUUUAUAGCUGUCUUAAACCAACAGUAUCCCAUCCAUUGUAUAAGUGCUGAUUUUUAGGUACUUCCCCUGUAUGAUGUCAUGAAAUCUCAUUGACAACUGUCAACGAUUCAACUCACCGGUUCAAUUCUGUUACCAAUUCAGAUUUAUACAAGACUUGUUUGUUUUAAGUUGUUUGUCUCCUGCCGUCGAGUCAAGAUGGAGCUGAGAUGGAUAAAUAGACAACACGUUGAACACUGGCUAAAUUUUAUAAUAUUAUGAACUCAGUUUGUGAAACGCUGCUUCAGCGACCAAUUAGAGACAUUAUGAAGAAGGGAAAUCUAUUUUUCAACAACAAAUAUUUUGGUUAAUGAAAAAAAAAUCUAAAUGUAAAUAUAACCUAGGGUUUAUUUUACACAAUAAGGGGAUCAAUUAGGGGUUCAACAUUGACCUUUCCAGAACUGUCUAGAAGGAGGCGCUGUAUUCGUUUUCAGUUCAACCAGCUGAGGGAAGCAGAGCUGAAUAAGUUGUUUAAAAUGAGGUUCAGAAACACAACACUUGUUAAAAUAAACAGUAUUAUUUUCAAAUGUUUUUCAUACUUGCCAUGUGUGCUCCCCUCAUUAAGUUGGGUUUAUUUCAGUGUGACAACAGCUGUGGCCAGUGUUAUAUUUUGACUUUGGUUCACACACCUUUACAUUGGCUUAAUUGAGUAGAUUUGAUUCCAUUUGUUGAAUUAUUAGUGUUAAUUUGAAGAUUAUUCCCCAAAAAUGUUUGUGCAGCAGGUACAACUGACUUGGAUUCGCCUCUUCCUAUAGUCAGACUACGCGCUGCCCUUUUCUUUUUCAAGGAACUGUCGGGUCUCAACUCACUUUUGAAAAGUAGAAUACACCAGGUGCAAUUUUGACAUUUUGUUGUGUAUCAGCAGUUUCCCACUUAUGACAGUCGCUCAAUGAGCCCAUGUCAGCAAAACAUUUUAAGAUUGCUAGGUAAGGUAGUUGAGCCAGGGGCCCUGACCUCCAGGGGGGCCUCCAUUGAUUUUUGUAAUUUUGUCACUCUUUUACAGACACUAUACACACACAAAAGUAUAUGUGGAUCUGGAUAUUUCAGCCACACCUGUUGCUGACAGGUUUAAAAUCGAGCACACAGCCAUUCAAUCUCCAUAGACAAACAUUCACAGUAGAAUGGCCUUACUGAAGAGCUCAGUUACUUUCAGCGGGGCACUGUCAUAAGAGUUCCACAUUCUCCAACAAGUCAGUUUGUCUAGAGCUACUCGGUCAACUGUAAUUGCUGUUAUUGUGAAGUGGAAACGUCUUGGAGAAACAACAGCUCGGCUGCGAAGUGGUAGGCCACACAAGCUCACAGAACGGGACCGCCGAGUGCUGUAGAGCGUAAAGAUUGUCUGUCCCCUGUUGCAACACUCACUACUGAGUUCCAAACUGCCUCUGGAAGGAAUGUCCGCACAAACUGUUUGGCGGGAGCGUCAUUAAAUGGGUUUCCAUGGCCGAGCAGCCGCACGCACACAAGCCUAAGAUCACCAUGUGCAAUACCAAGCGUCGUCUGGAGUGGUGUAAAGCUCGCCGCAAUUGGACUCUGGAGCAUUGAAAAUGCGUUUUUCUGGAGUGGUGAAGCGUGAUUCACCAUCUGGCAGUCCGAUGGACGAAUCUGGGUUUAGCGGAUGACAGGAGAAUGCUACCUGCCCCAAUGCUUAGUGUCAAGUUUGGUGGUGGGGGAAUAAUGGCCUGGGGCUGUUUUUUACAUGGUUCGGGCUAGGCCCCUUAGUUCCAGUGAAGGGAAACCUUAACACUACAGCAUACAAUGACAUUCUAGAUGAUCAUGUGCUUCCAACUUCGUGGCAACAGUUUGGGGAAGGUCCUUUCCUGUUUGAACAUGACAAUGCCCCUGUGCACAAAGCAAGGUCCAUACAGAAAUGGUUUGGAAGAACUUGAUUGGCCUGCACAGAGCCCUGACCUCAACCCCAUCGAACACCUUUGGAAUGAAUUGGUACGCCAGACCUAAUCACCCAACUGGUAGCAAGUCUCCGCAGCAAUGUUCCAACAUCUAGUGGAAUGCCUUCCCAGAAGAGUGGAGGCUAUUAUAGCAGCAAAGGGGGGACCAACUCCAUAUUAAUACCCCUGAUUUUGGAAUGAGAUGUUUGACGAGCAGGUGUCCACAUACUUUUGGUCAUAUAGUGUAUAAUAUGAACAUGGCAUAAGUCAUGACAAAAUGUGUAACUGAAACAUGUCCUCUCCACCUCAUGGUGAACUGUGUAGAAUUCCAGGAUAUUACCUUUGAAACGGCAAGAUGUUCUCCACCUGAGGAGGAGGAGGGGGGAAAUCAUGAUCAGCAUGAUCAAACUUUUCAAGCAGGUCUAUAAAAUGGUUAAUGUAGCACAGCUGGAGUCAAGUUUUUUUUUUACCUGUUUUUCCAUUGAGUCACUUAAUGCUGUAUUCAAGUGUCUCAUACUGUAGUUUAUUUUCUUAUUUGCUGCUGUAUUUGAGUACAUUAUGGCCUUCAGGCUAAUAAAGUCACAGUAUCCAUUGA